GCUCCGCACACAUGCUCGACAGAUCUAUUUGCAGAGCGAGCUGCAGUGAGAAGCUUUGUCCUCUUAGGGGUUUUCGAGCUCGUGUUUGCUUCGCCCUCCAAAUUCGUUUAACGGUGAACAAUGUAGCAGCCGACGACGGCGACGUUUCAUCACCGGGAGGACAUUUAAAACGAACCCCCACCGGGACCGCUCGUUGAACGGAUGUUAAAUCUCAUAAUUUAAUUGGAGGUCAUUUAAACCUGAACUCCCCCUUCUCAUUGGGAUCUAGAAAAGAGAAUAUUUGAUUCGUGCAUAUUUUUAUCGGACAAAUCUAACCGUAAUGUAACGGCAUUUUUUUUUUGUGGUAAGCGGUCUUUCUAAGAGUGGGUGUCCCGUUAUUUUUCGGCUGAGAUGUGAGAGAGUUGUCGUGAUUUCUGCUGCAGUCCCGCUGUUUUAGCCUACAUCGGCUGUAUAAGGAACAAUAGCCUCCAAUCUGUGGAUGAACAGGGAGUUUGGUGGUGCCACCGCUAGGUUUCUAAGGAGAAGUGUUCACAUUGCAAAAUGAGACUUGGCUGCAUUCACACAUAGUUUGGAGCAGAAUAUGGAUUUUUUUCUGUCGUCCUGGCUCAGAGUUGGGAAUGCGGUAAUGGAGAACCGGAAUAAUCCAAUAUAGCCUAACCGCUCGUGGCUGGAAGAAACGAAUAGACCCGUGGGAACGAGAAUGUUGGCGGUCCUGGAAAUUGUAGCCUGCAACACCGUAAAUCAAUCAACAACCGACUGAGUAAACGAAUUAUUGCUGAUUUGACCGUGGCGUCGGUCGACGGUAGCCUACCCUAGAACAAACCGCCAAUAACGGAAAAUCGAUAUUUGUAUUGAUGACGGAAUCACAUCGAUGAUAACAACCCACUCGGCGCACGACACUACUCCACGUUCAGAAGAGAAUCAUAGACCGUGGGUGGGCGUUGUAAGCAGUGUUGUUGACCGGAAGAGGACACAUAUUUCGGUCUGACAGAUUGGCAGUGACACCGGCGGGUCUGUGCGUGUGAGAGGAUGGCGGCGGUAGUAAACUACUCUCCCCCAUGGUGGGUCAACCUGCUCCACCGCCUCCCCCACUUCAACCUGCAGUUUGAGACGGUCAGCAGCGACUUCAAACCCGAGGACUCAGAGUACCAGAAGUCGGUGCUGUUGCUAGGUGGAAUAGCGUUGGUGUGUCUGGCUCUGGAUCUCCUCUUCCUCCUAUUCUACUCUUUCUGGCUGUGCUGCCGACGACGCAAGACCCAUGACGACACACGUUCUCACUCACACACACACCAGCCCCCCAACCCUGACUGCUGUUGUACAGCCUGGUGUGUCAUCAUCGCCACACUCGUCUGCAGUGCCGGCAUCGCCGUGGGUUUCUAUGGAAAUGGGGAGUCAUGUGAUGGAGCCAACCGCCUGGCGUAUUCUCUACGGCACGCCAACCGCACCGUGGCAGGGGUCGACAAACUGGUGACGGACAGCGCCGUGUCUCUGAACCAGACAGUGGAAGGAGGUCUGGUCCAGUUGGAGACGGUCUACUCUGAACAGACUGACUACGUGUCCAUCGUCCAGAAGCUCCAGGGUCAGCUGGAUGAGCUGGUCAGACUCAUGGUGGACAUCCCCUUCUGGGGAAACUCUGACAUCUCCCUAGAAGACCUGGCCUUCAAGACGGAAGCCUUUGACUGGUACAGGUGGCUGGUAUACCUGACUCUGCUGCUGUUUGAUGUUCUGAUCUGUCUGCUGGUUCUGUUUGGACUGAUACGCAACUCUAAAGGCACUCUGAUUGGGGUGUGUUUGUUGGGUGUUCUGACUCUCAUCAUCAGCUGGGGGUCUCUGGGACUGGAGCUGGCAGCUGCCGCGACGGCCAGCGACUUCUGUGUCCCCGAUACCUACAUCACCAGGGUAACCAAGGAGAACGCUGUCAUCAACCAAGAUAUCCUGCAGUAUUACCUGAGGUGCAGCAGUGGCCAAUCAAAUCCUUUCCAGCAUAAGCUGUCUGGCAGUCACAAGGCCCUGGUUGAGAUGCAAGAUGACGUGGCAGAACUCCUACAGUCAGCUAUACGGGAUUACCCCACCACCAAGGGGACUCUGGAACAGAUUCAGACUGUGUUGAACUCUACGGAGGUUGGCCUUCAUCAACUCACCGCUCUGGUCGACUGUCGCAGCCUGCACAUGGACUAUGUCCAGGCUCUAACAGGGUUGUGUUAUGAUGGAGUGGAGGGGCUGAUCUACCUGGUGCUGUUCUCCUUCGUCACAGCCCUCAUGUUCUCCUCCAUCGUCUGCAGUGUGCCACACACCUGGCAGAGCAAGAGGACGGAUGAUGAGGAUGGAGAAGACGAAUCUGCUGCCCAAGGCAAUCGGGGGGCGGGUCCUCAUGAUAACCUGUACCGCGUGCACAUGCCCAGCCUCUACAGCUGUGGUAGCAGCUACGGCAGCGAAGCUAGCAUCCCUGCUACGGCCCACACUGUCAGCAAUGCCCCUGUCACUGAGUACAUGACCCAGAACGCAAACUUUCAGACCCCCAGGUGUGAGAACACGCCUCUGAUUGGCAGGGAAUCCCCUCCACCCUCUUACACCUCGAGUAUGAGGGCCAAGUAUCUGGCCACCAGUGGACCGGACCAGAACCGACGGUCAGUCCCCAAUGACCAGUUGGACCCAGCCAGCCGACCACAUCCCCUCGCCAGACCACAGUCAUCUGUCCACUAGAACCUUCCAGAACCUACCAAAACCUCCUACAACCUAUUAUAACCUACCAGAAUCUUCUAGACAGAACUCAUCAACCACAAAAGAACGGGAACAAACCAGAACCAAUUUUUCAUUCCACUAAAGAACCACAACCCACUAGAACCACCAACUCCUUAGAACCUGUUGACACAAUAGUCCACGUAUAGAACCAGAACCACUAAGGAUCACAACCACCUCCUCGGCCCAUAGGAACCACUAAAAUAAUACUUCUCAGAUUCACCUGAACAGACCACAGUGGGUUGAAAACCAGAGCCAACCAACGGACCGCCCAGCCCAGCUCACCAGAACAGCGCCUCAACCAAUCAGCCAACCAACACCAACCAACCUACCUACAGACUCCAGAAGAUCACCAUGAACCUUGUAGAUCUCCCCCCUCCCCCCACCACCACCUCAGCUCCAUCUCCCCUACAACCGUCCCACAGUCCCACUCAGCUCUACACCAUCUCACGCUGGAUCCUCCACCUCUUUACCAAGUAUACUGCCCUCUGGUGGUCACUGCCGGUAUGAGCCUGUUUAUUAAGUAUACUGCCCUCUGGUGGUGACUGCCGGUAUGAGCCUGUUUAUUAAGUAUACUGCCCUCUGGUGGUCACUGCCGGUAUGAGCCUGUUUAUUAAGUAUACUGCCCUCUGGUGGUGACUGCCAGUAUGAGCCUGUUUAUUAAGUAUACUGCCCUCUGGUGGUCACUGCCGGUAUGAGCCUGUUUAUUAAGUAUACUGCCCUCUGGUGGUGACUGCCGGCCGGCAUUAGCCUGUUUAUUAAAUAUACUGCCCUCUGGUGGUCACUGCAGGUGUGAGCCACACACACACAAACAUCCUGUAUAGAACUGUAAAUAGUGAAAUAGUAUGAGUUACAUUCUGGAGGAAGACUCAACUGAAACAUGGUGGUAUUUAGAGUGUGUUUCCAAGGACUGAGGCUGUAUCUCAUUCUAGGCCACACACACACACACACACACAGAGGCCUGUACGUGUGUGUACCCCUCUCUACUCUACCUGCCUCUGUAAACAACCGUCCUGCCAUCUAAUCUACCAAGCCACUAGGACACAGAAUCUGACUGCAAAACGGCCCCCGGCACUCUGCAAAACGGCCCCCGGCACUCUGCAAAACGGCCCCCGGCACUCUGCAAAACGGCCCCCGGCACUCUGCAAAACGCUCCAACAUUCCUGUAACAUCUGGAGUUUAAAACUUCACUGCAAAGGGCUGUUGUGCAGACGGACCAUGUGGUCUGAAGCUGAAUCAGAAAGCCAUGUUGUGGAGUAACCACUCUCUGUAGAUAGAUUUAGCCACCACUGUACAGCAGACAAAAGGAUAAGGGAGAGCUCACCUGUGGGGUCACAACUCUGUAGAGGGAUGUGAACUCUCCUAAACUGAAGGACAUGGAGAGCUCACCUGUGGGGUCACAACUCUGUAUAGAGGGAUGUGACCUCUCCUAAACUGAAGGACAUGGAGAGCUCACCUGUGGGUUAAACAACUCUGUAUAGAGGGAUGUGACCUCUCCUACACUGAAGGACAUGGGAGAGCUCACCUGUGGGUUAAACAACUCUGUAGAGGGAUGUGAACUCUCCUAAACUGAAGGACAUGGGAGAGCUCACCUGUGGGUUAAACAACUCUGUAUAAUGAGGGAUGUGAACUCUCCUACACUGAAGGACAUGGGAGAGCUCACCUGUGCCAAAAUAACUGAAUAAUGAGGGAUGCUCAACUCUUUAUCCCAUCAUUCCUUUUUUUAGUUCCUUAAUUCUCAGAAAGGGAAAAUAAAUCCUGGAUAAUGUUGGAUCAUACGGUGAAAGACAGAGAAAGACUCUUAAAAUAAAAUGUGUUUUUAAUUUAGUUUAAAAAAAUGUAACUUGAUAAUUAAGAUUUGGGUGCUGUGACCAACUUUCUCUUUAAAUAAAUAAAAUGUUUACUUCAUUUUUAUUAUUUCGUCAAACAGGGAUCUUCUUUAACGACCUGACUAAAGGUCACGAUGAGGUUAGAGGUCACAACCUUUCUCAAAACAGGAAGUUUUUUUUUUCUUCUCAGAAGCACAAACGAUCUUCGAGGGGACGAUGGGAGACGGAGAAGAAGGACAUCCACACGUCGCCGUAAUGUGUGUACGUCGUGGGAACGCUCAGAGCCUCGUGAAAGAUGCCUGAUCUCGCGACAGCUCUUGUUCCGUUUCCCGGUGAAGCGAAAGGAAACAUCUCCUUAACCUAGGUUAGGGGCCAACCAUAGUUAGACAGAGGACUCUCUAAAGACCCUCGUACCUUACUAGCUACUCUAACUCUAUGGGGCUGCCAGUAGUUUAUCUCUAGGGGCCGACCAUAGAGUAAGAUAGAGGACUCUAAAGUUCACUCUUACUUUACUAGGUACUCGAUCUAACUCUAUGGGUCUGCCAGUCGUUCUCUCUCUCGCUACUAUGUGCCGUGAAGUGUAUGAUGAUAAUAGUGUAGCUGUGAUCUCUCUCAUCACUCUUGUGUGUGAUGGCUCGUCCAGUGUAGUUUUGGUAUUGCUCUCUUCUCUCCUGUGUGUGCUGUCUGUCUGUACGUACAGUACAGUGGUCUGUGUGUGCUGUCUGUCUGUACGUACAGUGGUCUGUGUUGCCAGCAAAUGAAGGGUCAUUACUUUUAUCCAAUCUUCAUCUAAGAAACACACACACUAACGUUCAUUGCAGACACACACAUUGCAGACACACACAUUGCAGACACACACAUUGCAGACACACACAUUGCAGACACAGACAGUAUUCUUUAUAUCUAGCCAUAGUCCUGUGAACUGUCUCACACACACACACACACACACACACACACACACACACAAUAGAACUACAGUACACCCUCACUCCUGUAAAUUUGACACUGGUUAGCAUUUACAUCAUGGGAAAUGUAGUGUAUUAACUAGAGGGAUUUCCAGUUAAUGGGAGAAAGAGUCCAUAGGAAUUAUCUUUCAAACGAUCUUGAUUAACUCGCUCUGGGUAGAAGUUGCCUUUAACCACAGAUCUAGGAUCAAUUUACUCUCCCAUUAUCCUAAUCUUAAACAUUAGGCGGAACACAAUUUUUUUUUCUUAGAUCAGUGUCUAGGAAGCAACUUCAUCCUACCCUGACAAGCUCAGUGUGUGUGUGUGUGUGUGUGUGUGUGUGUGUGUGUGUGUGUGUGUGUAUAUAAUUUACUGUGAAUGAAAGACCAGCGAGACAAUCGUAACUGGCGUGAUUCCACCCGUUCUUAAUGUUCUGUUUAUCACGUCACCAUGACAACGCUACCUAUACUACGGCGUUUUGCACGACGGGAGGAGGACCGAAAAAAUAAAUAUAUAUAUAUAUACACUGUUGGAAACUAAAAGAACCAAUGGCCUUUUCUUAAACUUGUAACAAUCUAAAAACUCUUCAUAUCACACGUUUUAAUUUGUCUGUCUUCUAAAAAAAAUAAUCAUAAAAAAACAAACUAUAGCUAGCUCUUUUUGUAGGGUAAUAAUAAUAAUUAUUAUUAUUAUUAUGGCAAGAGCACCAUUUUGUUUUCUGUUUUUCUUUAUAAUAAUGCUGAAUGACUGUCUUGAAUUGCAUUUUUUAUUUUAUUUUAAUAAAACUGUACUGUAGAUUUUUUUUGAUGGUGGUUUUUAUGUACCUGGCUACAACAACGGUUUACUAAGAUGAUAAUACUGUCUGUUCUCAACUGUGGUGGUGACAUUAUUGAGCCUGGAAUCCAUGUUUUAAAAACAGAAUUAAAACAACUUUGACUCAGAA